CCCAGUUAAUGGAUGUCAGAGAUGUGAGAAGUGUUUGUACUCUUCGAGUACUCUGCAGCGCCGAUGAGUACAGGGUUUUUCUUUUUUUUUUUUUUACUCUCCCAUAUUAAACUACUCUAAUCCCUGUAUGCUCGGUUUUUCCUCUCGAACCUGAGUCCAUUUCGUCUGGAUCGGAACCGGCCAUGACCGUGGAGCAGAAUGUCCUGCAGCAGCACUCUCAGAAGCACCAGCAGACAUUACUGAACCAGCUGAGGGAAGUUACUGGAACUACAGAUGUUCAGCUGUUACAGCAGGCACUGCAGGCCAGUAACGGUGACCUAGCCGAGGCGGUGGCCUUUCUCACUGAGAAGAACGCCAAGGUCCCACAGCAAGAUGAAGCCACCUAUUACCAGACGGCCCAAAUCACCAAUGAUAGAUACAUCAGUGUGGGCAGCCAGGCUGACACAAAUGUAAUUGAUCUCACUGGAGAUGAUAAAGAUGACCUUCAGCGGGCCAUCGCUCUCAGUCUGGAGGAGUCAAACAGGGCCUUCAGGGAGACAGGCAUCACUGACGAAGAGCAGGCUAUCAGCAGAGUCCUGGAGGCUAGCAUUGCUGAGAACAAGGCCAGCCUGAAGCGCACGCACACAGAAGUAUGGAGCGAUUCACCCAACCCUCACGACAGGAAGAGGCAGGAGAACUGUCCCGUAGGGCUGAAGAACGUGGGGAACACGUGCUGGUUCAGUGCAGUUAUACAGUCUCUUUUUAACCUGCUGGAGUUCCAGAGGCUGGUGUUGCAUUAUUCGCCCCCUGCACGGAUGCAGGACUUGCCCCGCAAUCAGAAGGAGCACAGGAACCUGCCCUUCAUGCAGGAGCUGAGACACCUCUUUUCUUUGUUGGUGGGUUCCAAGCGAAAGUAUGUGGACCCGUCCAGGGCCGUGGAGAUCCUCAAGGACGCCUUUAAGUCCAGUGAAUCUCAGCAGGGAGAGAAGCCGAAGAACCCAAUGGUUGACCUGUUUUAUGGCCGUUUUCUGGCUGUGGGUGUCCUGGAAGGAAAGAAAUUUGAGAACACUGAGAUGUUUGGACAGUACCCUCUGCAGGUGAACGGCUUCAAAGAUCUGCACGAGUGUUUAGAGGCAGCCAUGAUAGAGGGAGAAAUCGAGUCUUUGCAUUCUACCGAGAACUCUGCCAAAUCAGGGCAAGAGCACUGGUUCACAGAACUCCCACCGGUUUUGACCUUUGAACUGUCUAGGUUCGAGUUUAAUCAAACCUUAGGCCGACCUGAGAAGAUUCACAACAAGCUAGAGUUUCCCUCCAUGCUGUACAUGGACAGGUACAUGGACAGGAACAGAGACAUCACACGGAUAAAACGAGAGGAGAUCAGAAGACUAAAGGAGCACCUGACCAUUCUCCAGCAGCGACUUGAGAGGUAUCUGAGCUAUGGCUCAGGGCCCAAGCGGUUUCCUCUGGCCGAUGUUCUUCAGUAUGCCAUGGAGUUUGCGUCCAGCAAGCCUGUGUGCACGUCGCCUUUGGAGGACGUUGAUACAACAGCACUACCUGGUGGCACGACUGCACAGCUGCCACCUCCAGCAAGCACAGGGGAGCAGCCGGAUACAUCUGUCCCAGCCGAGGGCUCCGGCUCUGGUCCACAGGCCCAGCAACAGCAACGGGUUUCAAUCCAUAAACCGUUCACUCAGUCUCGUGUGCCCCCAGAUCUACCCAUGCACCCCGCCCCACGGCACAUCACAGAGGAGGAGCUGCGGGUGCUGGAGGGCUGUCUGCACCGCUGGAGGAGCGAGGUGGAGAAUGACACCAGGGACCUGCAGGCCAGUAUAUCUAGAAUCCACAGAACCAUCGAGCUUAUGUAUUCUGACAAGUCCAUGAUGCAGGUGCCGUACCGGCUGCAUGCUGUUUUGGUCCACGAGGGUCAGGCUAACGCAGGUCACUACUGGGCAUACAUCUUCGACCCACAUCAACAGCAAUGGAUGAAAUACAAUGACAUUUCAGUGACAAAGUCAUCCUGGGAGGAGCUGGUGCGAGACUCGUUCGGUGGAUAUCGCAAUGCCAGCGCAUACUGCCUCAUGUACAUUGAUGAUAAAAAGCCCUUCCUUAUUGAAGAGGAGUUUGAUAAAGAGACAGGGCAGAUGCUCAGCGGCUUGGACAAGCUCCCUCCUGAUCUAAAGGAGUAUGUGGAGGCAGAUAACAAGCUCUUUGUGAGAGAGAUGGAGGAGUGGGACACUCUUCAAGCGCGCAAACUCCAGCAGGAGAAACUGGCUCUGGCCGCCGCCAGUGUGGCCGCCCAACCUAUGAGCACUGAACCCUGCCCUCCAGACAACACAGCUCCCUCAACAGCCUCACAGCAUGACCUAGAGUACAUGGAGCAGCAGUCGCCCACCGGAGACUCCAAACACCUGCAGGAAGACACAGAGAGAGCCAUCAGCAAAGCUGCAGCUGAGCAUGAUGAGAAGAGUCCAGAGGCCCUGCUCAACACAUCUCAGUCAUCACAUCCCGACAGCGAGGUGACCUCUGACCCCUGUCCUCCCCUUGACCCUGAGCAGGACGACUCCGCCUCCUCUCCGCCCGCACCUCAGCGGGUGGUGGAGGUGGCCAUUCCUAAUGUAGGAACCUUUGUCAUUCAGUCGAAGGAGGGAGGUUAUGAUGAUGAGGCGAUGAUGACCCCAAACAUGCAGGGUGUCAUAAUGGCCAUUGGCAAAUCCAGGAGUGUUUAUGACAAGUGUGGACCUGAAGCAGCGUUCUUCAAGGCAGUGAAAGUAGAGUACACUCGUUUACUGAGGUUCGCUCAGGAGGACACGCCCCCUGAGAGAGACUACCGACUGCAGCAUGUCAUUGUUUACUUCAUUCACAACCAGGCACCCAAAAAGAUUGUGGAGAGAACUCUGCUCAUGCAGUUUGCCGACAGAAACCUUGGCUUUGAUGAGAGGUGUAAGAGCAUCAUGAAGGUGGCACGUGCUAAACUGGAGCUCAUUAAGCCUGACGAGGUGAACAUGGAGGAAUACGAGAUGUGGCAUCAGGAUUACAGGAAAUUCCGUGACACGACAGUGUUUCUGUUAAUUGGCCUGGAAUUAUUCCUAAAGAAAAGUUAUGUGGAAGCAUUGAUGUACCUGAUCUUCGCCUAUCAGUACAACAAAGAGCUCCUGGCAAAAGGGCCAUACAGAGGACACGAUGAGGAGCUGAUCGCCCAUUACCGCAGAGAGUGCCUGCUAAAGUUGAACGAACACGCGGCUGUCCUCUUUGAGACAGGCGAGGAGACUGAAGUGAAUGCGGGUCUGAGCAUCAUGAAUGAGCUGGUGGUGGCUUGUAUUCCACUGCUGCUGGUGGAUGAGAUGGAGGAGAAAGACAUGGUGGCUGUCGAAGACAUGAGGAACCGAUGGUGCUCGUACCUGGGCCAGGAAAUGGAGCCUAAUCUCCAGGAGAAGCUGACCGACUUCCUGCCCAAGCUGCUCGACUGCUCAACUGAGAUCAAAAGCUUUCAUGACCCUCCCAAACUACCUUCAUACUCCACGCUGGAGCUGUGUGAGCGUUACGGCCAGGUCAUGACAUCACUCACCCUGAGUCGAACCCCAGCAGAUGGAAGAUGAGCUGCUCAGACUUUAUCUCCCCUCCGCUAACACACGCCUUCCUUAAAGCAGGGGUUUCCCAAACCUACCUACCUUUCCUUUCUCUUUUGCUGCUAGAGAUUUUAUCUUUAUCCUUAUCGGUAUUAUUAAUAUUAUUUGGAGGAUUCUGUUAUAUUUUAAAGCUAAUGCAACAGUAAGAACAGUGUGAAACUGUGCAGAGACGAAGAAGAAGCAUUAGAAGGAUAGUUCACCCCACAAUAAAAGUUUAGUCAUCAUUUAUUCACCUUAUGUUGUUCCAAAUCCAUAUGAAAAGGAGAUGUCUAGCAGGAUGUUCAAGUUGUUGGAACCAGGGACAGCCGUGGUUGGAAAGAAGAAAAUCAUAUGGGCUCUAAACUACUUGAGGGUAAAGAAAUGAUGGUGAUGGGUUUUUUUUUUUCGAGUGAACUUCAAAGAAAAUAGUGGCAUCAUGGUGGUGUUUUAGACAUUGGCGCAUGCAGCUUUAGCUUUGUGAAACGAGGUUGAGGAUUCAUUUCAAUAUUUUGUUUUGUUUUCCCUCGUCGUCCCUCUUCACAUAAGAAGCGGAUCAACCUGCCGUGGUGCCCUCAGUUUGCUAGUGUUACAGCAUUGUUUUGUUUAAUUUUGUUUUUUUUAUGGACGGUGAUUCAAAAAGCUGGAGGCUCUCGGACGGGUCUGCAGACCUGACAACUGGGACUUUAACGCAAGUUUUAAGUGCUGUGGUUGGCAGCCAUGGGACACACUGUGGCUUGUUAAUAAAUUGAGAGAAUAAAGUUUUAUUUAUGGCUCUUUUAUGCCAGAUACAUAUUUUUUAAAAUGUUCCUAAUCUUUAUUGAACUUCGCAUUGAAUGAAACUGCUGUACUACCUUGGGUAUCCCAAAGAGAACGGAGUAUGUUUUCCCCAUGGACUGCACCUGAAUCCUUUUUAGACUCUUCCUGAGUUUGGUUUACCAUAAAAAGUUUCAUAGAUACAGAAAACCCCAGGUAUUGAGUAAAAAGGCACAAACACUACUGCUUUCCCCAAAGAAAACUGGUAAGAACAGUACUAUACUGAGUCUUUCAGAGUCAAUUGCUGUACAUUCGUAGUAUAAUGUGCAGAGUGAAUGCUGUGUUGCAUUUUUUCAGGAUGGCUUCAAGUGGGCUUUGAUGCCAAGCAUCAACUAGAACUGAAAGUUUAGCAUUCACACUGGUGGAAAAUUCCUGAAUGGAUGCACUCAGCAUUACCAUUGUACAUACUUACACUCUUAUGUUUGUCAAAAAGUGUGAUUUUUUUUUUUUUUGUAAUUUUUUUUUUUUUUUUUUUAAUCA